ACAGUGACGCUGUUGACCAUGCAUAAAUGUUUGCUCACUUUUUUGAUGAUCGCGUCUACGAUCGAGAUUCAAGCGCGCGAAGCAAUAAAGCCAGCGGCAGAAGUGGGUCAAAUUAUCAAAGAUCUUGAGGAAGUCCAUGUGGAAGAGACAAUUCAGCGAGGGGGCCCUUGCACGCUGGACAUUCAGAAAGAUUUGCCGAACUCCAAUCUGCAGCCGCUCUACCUGCAUCCUGGCACGGACACCUACUGGCUGCCCAAUGAAGAGGGGCAGCUGCAGAUACCACGUGGCGCCAGCAUCGAACUCCAUUGUAGUCGUUCAUUUGCGAUUGCCAACAGCGAUGAGAAUGUUUCGUCUACUCCCAGUUCGAUAUAUGCGCGCUGCCUACAUGACACGACCUUUGAUUGGGCGCAUACAAAAUACGAGCUGAGAGAUUUUUCCUGCACCAGUCCACUAUCCUACGUUGUGGAGUGUAUGGAACAGCCAUGCGGGGACGGUGAUUUCGCCUCAUCGGCUCGAAUUUACCGUGUGGGCUAUAACAUUAGUGCUGGUCGAUUUGUGCGCACCAUGGAGCUGUGCCACGAUGCGGAGCAGCUGCGAACACACUACGCGGCCUACCAGUUGCUCCCAGCCAACGAGCACUUUCAGCGACAAGUGAAACGCGUUAAAUUCAGCGCUGCCGGCCAAUUUUCUGGUUACGACAUGGACCGUCUCUACUCCCAGGCACACCAGCAGCAACGGGUGGCCCAACUAUGGCAGCAUCCUGACGACGACGCGAGCAGAGACGGUUUUCUAAAGGCGGGGCUCUACCUGUCACGCGGACACCUGGCGGCCAAGGCAGAUCUGAUUUAUGCCAGCCAGCAGCGCACCAGCUUUAACUACCUAAAUGCAGCACCUCAGUGGCAGAGCUUCAAUGGUGGCCAUUGGGCAACUGUGGAGGUUACAGCGCGUCGCCUUGUGGCUCGCUUAGGUCUCUCAGUGAAUGUCUAUACGGGCACCUAUGGCGUAAUGCCACUUCCAAACGUGGCCCAAACUACCUUCCAUCUAGCCACAGAUAUUAAUUGUAACGGCGUGCUGGCUGUACCACUUCUCUACUACCGCUUGCUUAUCGACCGAAAAUAUCCGAGUCGGGGCUUGGCGCUCGUGGGUGUCAACAAUCCGAGCGCCACACUGAGCCAGAUCCUGGAAUCAUAUAUGAUCUGUGACCCUGUGGAUCUGGAACUUGUGCCCUCGUUCUUCCGCUGGCUGCAGGCCGAAGAUCUCAGAAAAGGUUAUCUGUACGCGUGCCGCGUUUCAGAUUUGGCCAAAGCCGUGGGACAUCUGCCGCCUGAGUUGGCGGAAGUAAACGAGCUGCUUGUGGAGUCGAUCGAGGUGCCUUAAGCUCUUGUUGUCAAAUAUUAAACCAACAUUUAUUUAUUUAGCAAAGGACUAGCUUACAUUUAAAAAAUGUACAAUUGUUUUAUUUCCUCUAGCCAAUGCAUGUAAAUAUGUAAGCAGUAUAUGUUUACAGGGUGAACCUCCCACAAUACGAUUUGUUAUUUUCAUAAAGUUUAUGUUUUCCCAUUCUAAACUCAAGAAUAUUUCGAAGAAUGGUGGGUAGCUUAAGAAAAACAACAACUUUUUUAGUUGCUUUGUUUCCGUUAAUUUCUUUCAAAAAAUAAAUUGAAAAAAACAAAAUAAAACAAAACAAAACAUAAUGUAAUGGAAUAUCGCCUCUACCUUGCCGGAUAAACGCAAGAGCGAGGAAUUUGAAAUGUGCGGAAAGCAGCUGGAAGUACGUUUCAGCGUUUUCAAAUCAGUAAAUGCAAAUAUAAAUGUAUUGAAAGCUCAAAUGGGACCGAAUUCUAAGUGAGGGAAAACCAAAAGGAAUUUAUGGUAAUGCGUAAGAAAGAAGCGCAAAAAAUUCAAGGACGAAAAAUGCCGGAAAACGGCAACAAAACCAACGGAAAAUUUAAGAAAUUGUGCCGAACGACUACACUGCCAUAGAGUCUUUGUGUGUGUGUGUGUGUGUGUGUCGGUGAGGCAGAAGAAAAGGAUUAAAUCAAUGUUGCGGAACAAAUUGUAUUAUGUGGGGCGCCUGCAUUGAGGUAAUACAAACCUAUUUCAUUUCUUCAAGCUAACAAGGCAAAACCAUAAUGGGUAGCCGAAUGUGAGCCAACUUUUAGACCGCAACCGACGACCCAAUUUGAUGGUGUCAAAGUCACACGAGCGUUAAUAAUGUGGAAUACAUGUAAGAUGUUUGCUGCGAAGUCAAGAGAGAAUUAUACGAUUAUAUGUACAUAUAGUCAAUUAACUGCACGUGAAACGUCACUUAAAGGCAUUGUAAAAUAAAAACACAAGGAAAGUACAUUGAAUCAAAAGCACAACAAAUAUAUUUUUCACAUUUAAAA